GGGGAGAGCGGAUACGGUGAAUGAGGGGUCCGGGGAGAGCGGAUAUAGAGAAUGCAGGUCCGGGGAGAGCGGAAUAUCGUGAAUGCGGGGUCCGGGGAGAGCGGAUACGGUGAAUGCGGGGUCCGGGAGAGCGGAUACGGUGAAUGCGGGGUCCGGGGAGAGCGGAUACGGUGAAUGCGGGUCCGGGGAAAGCGGAUAUGGUGAAUGUGGGGUCCGGGGAGAGCGGAUACGGUGAAUGCGGGGUCCGGGGAGAGCGGAUAUAGUGAAUGCGGGGUCCGGGAGAGCGGAUACGGUGAAUGUGGGGUCCGGGGAGAGCGGAUACGGUGAAUGCGGGUCCGGGAGAGCGGAUAUGGUGAAUGCGGGGUCCGGGGAGAGCGGAUACAGUGAAUGUGGGGUCCGGGGAGAGCGGAUACGGUGAAUGUGGGGUCCGGGGAGAGCGGAUACGGUGAAUGC